UACGUGAUAAAAUUAAUUGUUUUGAAUCCGGCGACAUAGAUCAAACCGAYUGUAAGGUUGAUGGCUUCCAAAGCRUGUGUGGAGUCUUUUKUCGAGUGGGAGGCGAGUGUAAUAUGAUCUCAAGUUCUCACACAUGCCUGACGUAGCGAGUGUAUGUUUUCAAGGUGUUAUAAAUCAAGAUGGGAUCGAAUAUUUCUGCAKCGGUAACRGUAUCAUCAAGUUCUUUACCAUCAACUCUACUGCCUUUGAACAAAAGAGUAAAAGUGCACCUUGUACCGAAGUUUAUGACUUCUGAUGUCGCAAAGUUCGACAGYAAAUAUUGGAUGAUAGUGAAGGUGACUGCCCCCGAGUCACAGGCAGGUCAACAAGAAGCAAGGCGAAAGCUCUCUGUCGAUGUUAUCAACGCUAAACUAACAGCARAGGUUGAGUUUGAACAACGCAAAUCGAAUUUACUAGAAAAUGGAAAUUCACAUAGGCUACUUUCUCGUACAAAAUCRYUUACUUUGGAACAAUCCGAUAUCAAYGUUGAAAAUGUGGAAAUAGUUCAAAACGAAUCAAUUCGUAUAUCGGGAACAUUUAUGAAGGGAACAGACGACAUAAAUAAUAAAGAAACGUUUGAUUUAGUACUYUGUCCAAGCCAAGAAAUGAAAAGACACACGACUUGUAGUGGUGAUUGGGUACUGWUGGGAACCCUGUUUACUAAACCCAUUGACAGCAGACAUAGACGUCACUGGAAGGCGGCAGUGAGGGCAAAUUUUGACUGAUAGAGAAAACUCUGCUGACUAUGGCAUAGCAAGCAUAAAGAUUGCUUUUAUCCGCGAACUGAGACAUGAGACCUUUAGGGAAGGGAAGRGAAAAUACUAGGGGAGGGGGUAGAGACAAAAAGAAGGGGGAAGGAU